CUAACUGAAGCUGUUGUCAGCUUAGACCCGUGACUCCGCUGUUGCCGAGGGUUCGGAAGACGCAGAGGGGUGAAUUUAGGUGUCUGAUGGUUGCUUCUGGAGGGGUGUGUAAGACUCUUUGGCUGAAGAAAGCUAUUAAGCUUCUUAUGUGGGUGAUUUUGAAAAAAAUAGCAUUUCGGUUUUACCUGCUUGACUCCCUCUUCUCAAAUUUUAACUCCGCCUCCACAUCUGGUUGGUUUUGCACUGCCAUCUCUCCGGUUGGGGAGUGCUCUGUUAUUGUUAUUAUUGCUUAUGCGGUCAUUCUCUUGUCAUCCUCACUUUCAGAUUCAUUGGCAUGGUGCAUUAAUAGACUGAGUGGGAUUAAUGGGUAAAUAUGUUCUAGUCGUCUCUAAUCCUGGAUUAAAUACCAAAUUGAAAUUUCUAGCUUUGUGCAUAGUCUCUUUAGACGUUUUAUUUAAAAGUUGAUGACUGCAUGUUUCAAAAUCACUUGAAAUUCACGUUUUCUUUAUCAUACUCCCACUUUAUUUCUUCUCCCCUACCCCUGCCCCCCCGAAAUCCUCAAAGCGGUGAAAAUUUUGUUCUGAAGUUUUAUGGACCCAGAAGAAAAUUCUGUUCAUAAUUGUGGGACUAGUUUUGUUACCAGUAAUAUGAAAGGCUCUGAGUUUAGCCCGGAAAAGAAAAAAAAGGUUAAAAUACCAGCGAGGAGACUUCGUGAGGUAAUUUCUCCAAAUCAGGGAGAUAAUUCGCCUUUGCUGAAAGAUGAGUUGUGCCGUGUUCCUCCAGCGUUGUCUGCAAAUAAACGUCUUCCUGUUAGAACUGGGAAGAGCUUGAAUGGAACGUUAUGUGGUUCAUCAGACUUAACUUCUGCCAGAAAUUAUCAGCAGCCUCCAUUAGAAAAUCCCACUGUGUCAGAAAGUGAUUUUUCUAAAGAUGUUGCAGUGCAAGUGUUGCCUUUGGAUAAAACAGAAGAGAACAACAGACAAAAAGCAAAUGACAUCUUUAUUUCUCAGUACACUAUGGGACAGAAAGAUGCUCUAAGAGCAGUUUUAAAACAAAAAGCUCAAAGCAUGCCUGUCUUUAAGGAGGUAAAGGUACAGCUUUUAGAAGAUGCCAGCGCAGAAAAGGACCCUAUUAUUCAGGAGAGUAGAACUUCACCCAGUGGAAUUGAUUCAGCUGCAACUGUGGCUGCAGCAACUGCUGCCGCCAUUGCAACAGCAGCUCCACUGAUAAAAGUGCAGAGUGAGUUGGAAUCAAAGGUCAAUACUGUUACAGAAUUACUCAAUAAGUUACAGGAGACUGAUAAACAGCUACAACGCGUUACAGAGCAGCAGACAACCAUUCAGAAUAAACAUGAGAAACUACACUGCCGUGAUCAUGGAAAGCAAAUGAAUGUGUUUAUGGAGCAGUACAUUAGGCAUCUUGAAAAACUGCAGCAACAACAAAUAGAUAUUCAGACUCACUUCAUUAGUGCUGCACUCAAGACUAGUAGUUUUCAGCCUGUUACUGUGCCCCCUUCUAGAGCAGUGGAAAAGUAUUCUGUAAAACCAGACCAUUUGAAUUUUGGUAGCAGUAAUCUAUCUUCACAUAACACCUUUGCUUCCAAACAAGCACCUUCAAUAGAGGUUGAAGAUACCAAUUUUGAUAAACAGAAAUCUCCUUUGGAGACACCAGCACCCCGCAGAUUUGCUCCUGUACCUGUUUCAAAGGAUGAUAAAAUAUCAAAGAGGGAAAAUCCUACGGAUAAAAAAGAAAAUAUGGAGAUAUCACAUCAUACAGAAAAUGUAGGACUAUUGGAACAAAUUUUGAAUAGCUAUGAUUCUUUGACAAGAAUAAGUGAAUCUUCAGACAAAAACUUACUAACUAGAUCAAAAAUAGGAUGGAAUCCUGAGAGGAGAAACAGCAUUGACCCUCUAUCCACUCAGAAAUUUCCUUCCUAUGAAGAACUAGGAACAGCUAAAGUGACUGUGCAGAAGUCUGAUGAUAUUCUUCAUGAUCUUGGCCAAAAGAGGAAUGAAACAAAUGGCAUACUCCAGAAUUCCAUUAAGCUUCAAAUAACCAAUACGAGAUCCAUAUUGAAAGAUGCUGAGAAGAUUUUGAGAGGAGUACAAAACAAUAAAAAAGUACUUGAAGAAAACCUGGAAGCUAUUAUUCGUGCAAAGGAUGGAGCUGCCAUGUAUUCAUUUAUCAAUGCUCUAUCUACCAACAGAGAGGUAUCAGAGAAGAUUCGGAUCAGAAAGGCAGUAGAUAACUGGAUUAAAACUAUUUCUGCAGAAAUUCAAGAUGAACUGGCAAGAAAAGAUUAUGAACAAAAGAGAUUUGAUCAGAAGAACCAAAGGACCAAGAGAGUUCAGAACAUGAGUAAAGAUAUUAAAACCAACACACAAGACAAAACGGUAAACAACUCUGUAAUUCCAAGAAAACAUUCUCAAAAACAAAAAGAGGAGCAAAUUAGAAAUCCACCUACAAGGAGCAUGCCUGCUUCAAGCUUACAGAAAGAGAGAAAAGAGGGGUUUUUGAAAGCAACCACAGUGGUACAAGACAAGGAUUAUAUGUUACAAAUCUAUGGAAAACCAGUUUAUCAGGGUCAUCGCAGCACUCUUAAAAAAGGACCAUAUCUCAGAUUUAAUUCUCCAUCUCCUAAGUCCAGACCACAGAGACCAAAAGUAAUAGAACAAGUUAAAGGCACUAAAGUGAAGUCAAUAAGAACACAAACUGACUUUUAUGCAACAAAACCUACAAAGACAGAUUCUAAACUGCAACAUACCAUAACUACACUGUCUCCUGGUGAGCAGCAGUAUUUGUUCAGCCCAAGCCGGGAAAUGCCUACUUUUUCAGGUACACUGGAAGGUCAUCUAAUUCCUAUGGCAGUUCUUUUAGGACAAACCCAAAGUAAUAGUGAUUCCAUGCCACCUGCUGGAGUAAUUGUAAACAAGCCACACCCUGUAACAGUGACUACUUCUAUUCCACCAUCAUCUCGAAAAACAGAAACUGGAGUAAAGAAACCUAACAUAGCAGUUGUAGGAAUGAAGUCAGAAAAAAGGGAUCCUCCUCAGCUUACUGUGCAGGUAUUACCCAAUGUAGAUAUUGACAGCAUUUCAAAUGGUAGUGCUGAUGUUGGUCUAUCUCCGUCUUGUCCCAAAGAAGCAUCUCCUCCUCCUCCUCUGAAAACCUGGAUACAGACUCCAGAAUUUAUGAAGGCAGAUGAAGAAGAGGUGAAGUUUCCAGGAACUAACUUCGAUGAAGUAAUCGAUAUCAUACAGGAAGAGGAAAAAUGUGAUGAAAUUCUGGAAUACUCUGAACCAAUUCUGGAGUUUAACAGAAGUGUUAAAGUUGUUUCUACAAAAUAUAAUGGCCCUCCGUUUCCACCAGUUGCUUCUACUUUUCAGCCCACUACUGAUGUUCUGGAUGAAGUAAUUCAGAGAAAAGAAACAUUGGAAAAUAGCUUAAUUCAAUGGGUAGAACAAGAAAUAAUGUCAAGAAUGAUCUCUGGGCUUCUUCCAGUCCAACAGCAGGCCACAGCUGACAUCAGUGUCUCAGUCAGUGAGGCCAGUGAGCCAUUGACUUCUGACAUUGUGGAAGGAACCAGCAGUGGUGCCCUCCAGCUUUUUGUUGAUGCCGGUGUUCCUGUGAAUUCAGACAUUAUUAGGCAUUUUGUGAAUGAAGCUCUUGCUGAAACCAUUGCCAUCUUGCUGGGUGACAGAGAAGCAAAGAAGCCAGGUCCUGUUGUUACAAGUGUUUCUGGGGAUGUUUCAAUAAGCAAAACACACUUGCUGGCAAGAGUGUGUACCCCAGUGGCUACCCCACAGCCAACUCCUCCUCUCUCACCUUCAUCACCUCCUGAGGAGCGUGUGUUGGUAAAAACUCCAGAUUCUUCUCCCUGUGUUUCAGAUCAUGAUGUAGCUUUUCCCAUGAAAGAAAUAUUUGCUGAAGAAGGAAAUAAUAUGCCUCCCAUCACACUUGUUAAUACUCCAACUGUUACCCCUGCAACUACACCUCCUCCCGCAGCAGCUCUUACCCCAACUUUGUCAGAGACUUCUAUUGAUAAAUUGAAGAUGUCAAGCCCAGAGCUUCCCAAGCCAUGGAGUAAUGGAGACCUGCCACUGGAAGAAGAGAAUCCCAACUCUCUUCAAAAAGAACUUCACCCGAGAGCUAUUGUAAUGUCUGUGGCCAAGGAUGAAGAACCUGAGAGCAUGGACUUCCCUGCUCAGCCUGCACCUCCAGAGCCAGUUCCCCUUAUGCCGCUUCCUGCUGGCACCAAGGCCCCUUCCCCCAUACAGAUGUCAAGUUCAGAUUCAUCAACAGUGGAGAGUACCUUGAGCGUUACUGCCACUGAAACUGAAACCUUAGAUAGACCCAUCUCUGAAGGAGAGAUUUUAUUUAAUUGUGGUCAAAAAGUGGCUCGUAAGAUUUUAGGAGAUGAAGGACUGUAUCUGACAAACCUAAAUGAUAGCUUAUCCAGUACUCUGCAUGAUGCCCUCGAAAUGGAAGAUGAUCCUCCCAGCGAAGGACAAGUGAUUAGGAUGCCCCAUAAAGAAAUUCAUGCUGAUGCAAUUCUUUCUCUUCUUGCUAAACAAAACCAGGAAUCGUUAGUUUCACAGCAAAUGGUCUAUCAUUCAGAGGACUUGGAAAACAGUGUAGGUGAACUUAGUGAAGGACAAAGGCCCAGGCUGACAGCAGCAGCAGAGAACAUCUUAAUGGGACAUUCCACCUAUAUGCAGCAGCCUGUAACUAACGCAGAGUCUUCAGAUCAAAGAUGUGCUCCUAAGCCAUUAUCUCAGCAGUGUGACACAGUUACAGAUGAUAUUUAUGAAGAUUUAUGUGCUAGUCAUGGUCCAAUGAGUUUGGGAGAAUUGGAGUUGCAGCCAGAUCCUCACCUUGCCCUUCCCACAAAACUUCUGACAACACAAGAAGAUGAUGUUAAAUUAUCAGUAGCAGCUGAAGAUUUUCCUCAGUACCAACAAAAACAAGACCAAGAUGUUAAGCAAGUUGAACACAAGCCAGUUCAAAGUCGUUUAAUACGUGUAAGAAAUAAAUGUGAUAUUUCACUUUCACAGCAACAAGCUUCACCAGGUGAUAUGGAUCGGACACAAAUUGAGCCCAAUCUGUACCUAGCAUCCGUAUUUACAGGUGGUAAAGCAGUUCCACUCUUCACUUCGCAGACAUCACCUGCCAAGAUGUCCGUGACACCAGCCUCAGUGAACCUGGAGGACCGCUCUCAGUCUCUGAGCAUCAGCACUGUCCAGGGGGACACAGAGUCCUCGGGAACAGAUACCUUCUGAAUGUAAAGUGAGAGCCAGUACAGUAUUUGUGCUGCUGGUUUUGAGGUCAUUUUUCUCUGGCAUAAAACUAUCUCUCAGACCCUUUUGGUCCUUCAGCAUAUUCAGAAAAACAAUUUUUAAUUUUUUAUUAAAAUGAAAAGUGUAAUUUGGGUAUUUAGGUGACAUUUUAAAAUAAAAUAAUUUAAAUGGAUAUCAUCAUGAGUCUGUGUUAUUUCUUAGAAUCCUGAGGCAGCGUAGAAUAGUGGAAAGGGCAUAACUUUUGACAUCUAAAAAUUUAUUCUACAGAUAUAAUUAUCUGUACUUAGUUAUGAAAUUAAGUUGCUCAAGGUUAUUCUGUUUCUCUUUUAUAUAUACAUUCAUUUGUAUUAUUUUUUAGAUUACACAUAUAAUUGGUGUCAUACAGUAUUUGUCUUGUCUCACUUAUUUCAUUAAGCAUAAUAAUCUCUAGGUCUGUCCACGUUACUGCAAAUGACAAUGUUUCUUUUUUUUUAUGGCGGAGUAAUAUUCCAUUAUAUAUAUAUAUAUAUAUAUACCACAUAUCUGAGAUAUAUUGUUAAAGUGAAAAAGGCUAUGUGCAAUAUAGUGUAUGAAUUAUGCUACCAUCAUUUAAAAUGAGGUGGGAGGAAUCCAAAUAUAUGGCAUGUAUAUACACAUAUGCUUACAUACACAUAUUUGCUUAUGUAUCCAUUAAAUAUCUUUGGAAGGAUAGACAAAAAACAGCUAACUUGGUCUCCAAGGGGGGAGAUUGAGUGGCUAGGUGAUAGAGAGGUUGAGUGACAGGAGUUAGGUAUGACUGUAUUUACUGUGGAUUUUUAUAUACCUUACAUGUACACCUUAUAAAUCUUUAUAGUGUAUAAACCUCUGAAAUGUGAUUGGAUUAACUCUAAAAGUGUAAAUACAUAAAAUUAAAAGAAAAUAAAACAUGGCUUUGUAAUCAGACACAUGUAUGUUCUAAUUCCAGUUUCUUCACCUUGGUCUGUGAUGGGACAAAUAAACCCCUCCUUCACAGCUGCCUGGGUAAAUGGGUUU